UGGUGGUGUUCUCGAACAGCAAUUGUCGUGCGUAAUUGUGCGCGUGCAGUGAAAAUGAAUUCCAGCAUUCUCACCCGGUUGCACCAGGGGCUUGCUCCGUUUUUAACAACCGUGCGAAAUGCGUCCAAGAAAACAGGCGGUAGCUCGAGAAAUCCUCCAAAACAUCCGCGCCCGAAGCAUCGUGGCUGGAAGGUGCAGGAUGGCCAUCACGUAUCGGCUGGCACUAUACUGGUAACACAGCGCACCACUCGCUUCCAUCCCGGAUUGAAUGUUGGCUUCGGUAAAAAUGGCACCCUGUUCGCUAUGGAGCACGGCAAGGUGUACGUUACCUGUGAAAAGAUUGACCCAAACUGGGAUCACACCUGGGUGCAGCGGUGCUAUGCCGGCCGGGAGGGACAAACUAUUUACAAGAAGUUCUUCAACGUGGUACCAGCACCGCAACACCAGCGGUUUAAGCUGAUAGAUGAAAUUUAACUCAGUUUUUAGACGAAUGUGUGACCCCGUAGCAGGGUGAUAGUUCGGAUAAAUACAAUAGUGUGUUGUACUUCACGUUAA